AUGUCUUUUUCAUCAAGCCUCUUGUUCUUUGUAACAGUUUGGUUGUUCAAUUCAAUUCCGUAUUCUGCAAAACCAGAUGAUGCUAGUUAUGGAGAUGGCACGGUAGCGCCACCGAGUGGUUGUAACAACUGCACCAUUUGUCAAUAUCCCUGCCACCAUCAGCCGCCACCGCCUUCGGGUUACCAAUCAUACGGCACUCCGCCACCACCUCAGGUGGUGCAAGGCAACUGCCCACCGGCACCAGCUGCUCCUGUUCAGUGCUGUCAAUAUGCACCUCCCAUGCCUUUCUAUUCUCCUUAUAACAACUACUCGGGAUCGGAUUCUUUGCAAUUUCCGAUGAUUGAACCUUUUAUUUUCAAGGGAUCUUCUGCUAUUUUCUUCUUGUUAAUUCUCUUAUUUGUUUCUCUGAUCACUAGUUUUCUUCCUCUGAUCGUCUUUCAAUUGGGAGUUACAAGUAAUUUAUUGGAAUUUAUCGCUGGUAAUUAUUAA